AUGUACUACAGUUCUAAUUCCCACCCAAACAUAAUGUAUGAUAAAGUUAAAGGUUACUUAUGUCUCAAAUCAAGAUGGGUUAGCACAUUAUUUUUUGAUGCCAAAUUUUGGGGAACAGUGCUUGUUCUUAUUUUCAUGGUAUUUCUUCAAAAUAAUGAGAAAUUUCUAACCAAGGGUACUCUUACAGACUUAACGAUGUCCGUCGUUCCUAAAUCGCAUAUACACAGCAACUUGUCUUUCGACGGUUCACUUUUAAACUUGGAAUAUAAAUUUAAGUCCAGUCAAAAUUAUCCCACAAAUUCAACUAGCCUUCUGUUUCAAAGUUAUGUCAACAGCACAUUCUCACAAUUGGAGGAGGCAGUAAACAAUACCAUUUUCACAAACCACGAGAGAGAAAAUAAAACGAAUACUGCCAUUGCUGACAAGGUGGAGUAUUGGAGAUCACUAAUCAUUUCAAACUUAACUGCUCAAUCAGAUAACUUGAAACAAUUCCAAAAGGAUUUGAAUUCAGAUUCUUGGGUUCCCUCUUCAAAUUCGGUUAAACUGAAUGAAUUAAAUCUAAAUUAUACGUGGAUCAACUCUUUGCUCAAAGAGAGCUCCUUACAAACAAAUACAUAUACCAAAUACUAUAAAAAUUUGGAUUUAGUGAUUUCGGAACUUGAAGCACUAAAGAACACUACCAACAAGAACAUUACAACUGACAUCAGGUCAUACAAUAAGGGUGGCAAUUUUUCACAGUCAAAAAGUAUUGCCUUUAAAUCAAAAAAACAUUUGGUAUCACAUUCUAAUGUACCAAUGCAAACUUCUAUAACCAAUGGAACAAUUGUUUUAUCCUCUGUUAUAAAUUCAGCACGCCUAAAUAAUUUCAACUCUGGCUUAUAUUUUCUAUGGUUAAUAAUCCCCAUGAUUCUAGUAGUAUUGCAACUUUUCCUCACGUACAAACAGUAUAUCAAUGAGCAAAAUGGUGUAAGGGCACUUGAAAAUGCAUACAUUUCCAAUAAGCUAGAAUUUAUACACGAAAUUAUGGAUAGUCAUAAAGUCAUGCUAGCAAAGACCUUGACCAAUUGGUUUGGAUCUAAUAGCGAUGGAUUAAAAACUCGGAUUAGUUGGGUAUUGUCUUCAUUUAUGGGUAUUCAUGCCACCCUUGGAAGUAUGAUUUAUUAUAUACUAUUUGGAGCACUGUUACACUUUUCAGUUUACAGGUUCGGUUCAACCAUUGAAUAUAAGCAAUCAAUUGGAAAGGAAAACGGAGCAAGCUCUCUCAGUUCUGAUAAAUUGAUUAACAUUACAAGCAAUAUGGUCCCCUCCAAUUCCGAGCAGCACUUUACUUAUAAUAUAUCGCCAAAGAUUAUAACUUUCCAGGAAACAAUUGGACAGGCAAAUUUAGGAAUAAAAGAAAUAUUAGAUCGAUACAACAUUUCGUCGAUUAUGAGCAACAAUUAUAGCUAUUUAAGUACUUCCAUUCUAGACUAUUCUACAAGUGCGUCAAACAUAACAUCAUCCAUCAGCUUUCAAAAUUGCAAUGAAAACAUCUCUCAAACAGAAAUUAUAGAAAAUUUAGUUGAAUAUAAUUUAUCUGGUGAUAACUCCACCCGGUACUUUACGGUCACAAAUUCAACAAAAGAUUUAGCAAAUAAUUUAUUUUACUACACGGUUUCGUUGGCAAGCAUUGUGUGCAUAUAUGUGGCAAGCUGUAUUUUCUAUAUAGUAUUUCAUAGUUGA